UUCGUACUGGGAACAUUUGUUGCACAGGAGUAACAAAAUGGCAAUGCGCACACAAGGCCUAGUUCUGCUGAUGCUUGUAACAGGUGUCCAUGUAUCCAACGGAGCCAGAAUCCUAGGACUUUUCCCAUUCCCUGGAAAGAGUCACAUGACAGUAAAUGCAGCCUUAAUGAAAGAAUUGGCCUCUAGAGGCCAUGAAGUGACAGUGGUCAGCCCGUUUCCGCAGAAUAAAACAAUUCCGAACUACAAAGACAUUGCUCUUGAUGCAAAUUUAGAUGAAAAAAUUUCGUCUGUGACUCAUCAAAUAAAUCCGGACCCAUUUUUCUUGCAACAGUUAAACGGCUUUCAGGUGAUGUUAAUGCUCUGGUGGUUCGGAAACUUCCUUUGCGACUUAGAUCUUCAAGAUCCAGGUGUACAAGAACUGAUACACUCCAAAGAUAUUCAAUUUGAUCUUAUUAUAAUGGAAGCAUUUUUUAAUGAUUGCUUCCUUGGGUUCGUACAUAAAUUCAGAGUUCCUGUUGUUCAGGUUUGCAGUUUUGGUGGCACCGAGUGGAUGGGUGACUGGGUUGGUAACCCGAAUCCAUACGCAUAUGUACCUAAUGUGUACCUGACUUACGGCGACCGAAUGACGUUUUGGGAACGUCUUACUAAUACGCUUAAUGGAAUCGGUCAACAGAUUGGAAGGAAAUAUUAUUAUCUGCCAGAACAAGAUGCAAUUGCAAGAAAAUAUUUCAAUUACACAGAUGAUCUUCCUUCGAUUUCGGAGUUGGAAACUUCAACGGCGCUUGUGCUUCUUAACCAUCACUUCAGUAUAAGCUAUCCGAAACCACUUAUGCCGAAUAUGGUACAGGUUGGAGGAAUGCAUAUAAAACCAGAUAAGACACUACCCAAGGAUAUUAAAAAGUUCAUUGACGAUGCAUCAGAAGGUGUCAUUUACUUCAGUAUAGGCUCAAACUUACAAAGUUCUCAAAUGUCAGAAAGCAAGAGACAGGCAUUCUUGGAGGCAUUCUCCAGAUUAAAACAACGGGUACUCUGGAAGUGGGAGACAGAUUCUUUGCCAGGGCAGCCUAAAAAUGUAAUGAUCGGCAAAUGGCUACCGCAGUCUGACAUACUAGCCCACCCUAAUGUGAGGCUCUUCAUUACACAUGGCGGACUUUUGGGUAAGCAGGAAGCAGUUCACCGCGGUGUUCCUAUGGUGGGGAUUCCCAUAUAUGGAGACCAGGCACUUAAUGUGGCUAAAGUGGUGUCAGAAGGUCUUGGAGUAUUGUUAGAAUCUAAAAAUAUAACUACUGACUCUGUUCUCUGGGCUGUUCAGGAAGUUCUCGAGAAUCCUAGGUACCGUGAGAACGCCCAGCGUCUGUCCCGAAUCUACCGGGACCAGCCACUCACACCGCUGGAGCAGGCCGUGUUCUGGACGGAGUACGUGAUCAGACACAAGGGAGCUCCUCACAUGCGCUCCGCUGCAAUCGACCUCACCUGGUACCAGUACUUCCUGCUAGAUGUCAUCGCUGUGUUGGCCCUAGCUGUAGGAUCGGCUCUGUUCCUAGUGUACUUGAUACUCAGGGCCCUGCUGACAAAAUUAUUACGUUUCAGAAGAAUUCAGCAGCAGAAAUCUCUUCCUCUUCUAGAAAAGAAAAGAAAUUACACAUACAAUGAUAGUUACACAGAAAAAAAGAUGACGAGGAGUAAUUUUUAUCUCAUAGAUGAUGAUAAUUUUCAAGACAUUAUCAUACUGUUCCUUCCCCGAAGUGCAACAGUCAGUCAGUACUGUCUCUCUUGUCUUAGAAUACGUUGCUUCAUUAUGUCUGUUUCACGAGUCCUGUUUGUGGGUGUUCUCGUGAUCAUCGGCGUGGAAGGCGUGAAAGGAGCAAGGAUCUUAGGAUUAUUUCCUCUUCCCUCUUUCAGCCACUUCGCUGUUCCUUCAGCCUUAUUGAAGGAAUUGGCCAAUAGGGGGCAUCAGGUGACUGUGUAUAGCCCUUUCCCAGAGAAAUCACCAAUCUCUAACUACACUAAUAUUGAUACCGGAGCAAGGCGUGAUGAUUUCUUACGGCACACAAAUGUUUCGAACUCAUUCGAUUUGGCGAAACAUAGUUAUAUGGGUAUAUUGAAAGUCAUGUGGACUUUUGGUGAUGGUUUCUCCAACUCAUUUCUGCAACAGAAGGAAGUUCAGAAGCUGUUACACUCCAAUGACCAGCAAUUUGACCUUAUUAUUAUGGAAUUAUUCGUCACCGAUGCUCUCCUUGGAUUCGUCCAUAAGUUCAGGGCACCGGUGGUCCAGGUUGUUUCAUUUGGUGGCAGCGCGUGGAUGAGAGACUUGGUGGGAAGCCCCAGCCCUUAUUCUUAUGUGCCAGAUCCUUUGCAGGAAUUCAGUGAUCGAAUGAGCUUAUGGCAGCGUAUUCUCAACACUCUUGGAAUCACUUACCAGAAACUCUCAUUAUGCAUACAUCACCGACCGAAGCAACAAGCUAUCAUGGAGAAAUACUUCAGGGACUACGCACCUUUACCAUCGAUAUCUGAGCUGGCUUCCUCUACGUCACUAAUACUUGUGAACGGUCACUUCAGUAUAGGUUACCCCCAUCCUCUGAUGCCUAACAUAGUGCCAGUUGGAGGAAUGCACUUGAAGCCAGCAAAGAAAUUACCGGAAGAUCUGCAAAAGUUUAUUGAUGAAGCACCUGAAGGAGUAAUUUACUUUAGUAUGGGUUCAGGUCUUCAUGGCUCUGACAUGCCAGCAAUUAAGAGACAAGCUUUCGUGGAGGCCUUUUCUAAGCUGAAGCAGCGGAUAAUUUGGAAGUGGGAGGCAGACAACUUACCAGGGAAACCCCAGAAUGUGAAGAUUGGAAAAUGGUUCCCACAGUCAGAUAUUCUCGCACACCCAAAUGUUCGGUUGUUUAUAACGCAUGGUGGAUUACUGAGCACACAAGAAACAAUACACUGGGGUGUUCCCGUUGUGGGAAUUCCAAUGUUAGCUGACCAGAACCUUAACAUGGCCCAAGCAGUGGCCAGAGGCUAUGGAAUUCAGCUCGACUUCGCAAAUGUCACUACGGAGUCACUGGAAUGGGCACUGAAAGAAGUUCUUGAAAAUUCAAGGUACCGUGAGAAUGCCCAGCGUCUGUCCCGAAUCUUCCGGGACCAGCCACUCACACCGCUGGAGCAGGCCGUGUUCUGGACGGAGUACGUGAUCAGACACAAGGGAGCUCCUCACAUGCGCUCCGCUGCACUCGACCUCACCUGGUACCAGUACUUCCUGCUAGAUGUCAUCGCUGUGUUGGCGCUAGCCGUGGGAUCGGUUGUGCUGAUAGUGUUCUUGAUGAUGAGGUUACUGCUGAGAAAAUUAUUUGGUGGCGAGAGAAAUCUGCAAGAAGCUCAUACAUCAAGGAAGAAGUGUGAUUAAUCGAAGCUCUUGCCGUUACUAGUAUAAUUCCUUUAUGUGAUCAGUAGGAAGCAUAUUUUAUUGUGUUCUGUAAAGUAUGGUUAUAAUCUUGUUUGGUUAUUAUAUCGGCUUUUUUUUUCCUUGGCACUACAGCCCCAGUGGGCCUAGGCCUACCUCCAUGAAC